GGCUCCGGACUCGCAAAACGCACAUCUGCUCCCCCCCCCAAAUCCCGCCGCGGCUCUAUCGCAUGCACAAUGUCUGACCAGGCUGCUACCAAGAAGAAGAUGUCGCAGCCCAGCCGGAAGGGCAAGAAGGCAUGGCGCAAGAAUGUCGAUAUCAAGGACGUCGAGGAGCAGCUGGAGGAGCUUCGGAGCGAGGAACGCAUCAGCGGCCAGCACAUCCACACAAAGCCCGACGCCGACCUCUUCGUCAUCGAUACUUCGGGCGACUCCAAAGAGAAGAGCGCCCAAAAGUUCAAAAAGACCCUCAAGGUCGAUGAGAUCCUCAGGCCUCAGUCCGCUGUCGCUUCGCCAACGGCCGCAAGGUCACAAAAGGGCGUCGUCAAGACCGUUAAUGCGAAGGGAAAGACCACCGUGGCCUCCAAGGCUGCCGUGGAUCAGAUCAACAAGAUCGUAAAGCGUCGCCAGGAGCAUGGCGUGCCGCCCAAGCCUGCUCCCAAGAAAAAGGGCACCACCUACUUUGACAUGUGGGAUGCUCCCGAGGAGCCUUCGACCCUGAACGACUAUGUCCAAGACCACCUGCCCCAGCCAGCCAAGAAACCCGAUCUGCCCAGCACCAAGGCCACAAACGUAUCUGCCGUCAAGGUCGCCCACGCCGGCGCCUCAUACAACCCUAAAUUUGACGAGCACCAGACGCUGCUGCAGUCGGCUCUCAAUGUCGAGCUCGACAAGAUCGCAAAGAGCGAAAAGAUUUCCAAGCAGUUGGAAUACCCCAAGGAGCUGGACGACCUGGACGAAGACAUGUUUGUAGACUAUGACGAUGACGACGAAGAUCCUAAUGCCGAGGGUGGAGAGGAUGGCGACGACGAAGACGCCCCAGACGCCGUCAACCACACCAAGUCAGUGGCAAAUGUCCGGAAAAGCAAGGCCCAGCGGAACAAGGAGCGGCGACGGUUGCAGCUGGAGAGAGCCGAGAAGGAGGAGCGAGAGCGCAAGCAGCUUCUGAAGCACAUUGGCAUGGUUGAAUCGAUCAGCGCUGAGCUGGACAGCCAGGAGCAAGAGACCAAGGAAAAGCUCGGCAAGCGGGCUGAGAUCAAGGAAAAGCUAAAGCAGAGCGGUGCAAGCCAAAUCGGACCACACAAGUUCAAGUCGGCCCCGCUAGAAAUUCAGCUGACCGAGGAGCUGUCGGACUCCCUCCGGUCGCUCAAACCCGAGGGCAACAUGUUUAAGGACCGAUUCCUGAGUCUUCAGGAACGCAAGUUGAUCGAGCCCAGAGUGCCCGUAACUCUCAAGCGAAAGCUCAAGCACAAGGAGGUCGAGCGGCACGAUUACAAGCGUUUCAAGUAGAAAUAAACGUGAUCCUAUCCUUCCACUCCAGAGAAGAAGAGAACAUCAGCUGGAGGAGAGGUUUUCAUGGGAAAGCGCCAGGA